AUGCAGUUCACCACCAUCUUCACUGUCCUCGCCCUUGCCUUCAGCGCCGCCGCGGCGCCCGCCCCGGCUGAGAAGAGCAGCGGCGGCAGCACCACCAUCACCUCGUGCUCCAACGAGAGCAAGCCCGUCUGCUGCAACAAGUCUGACGGCCUCAUCGGCGUCGACGUGCUGGGCCUGACCUGCGCGGUUGCCCUGCUCGGCGGCCAGUGCCAGGGUACCUCGUACUGCUGCGAGACUGAUGCCGCUGAAGGCGAUGGCAUCAACAUCACCGCUCUCAACUGCGUCAAGGUCGCCUAA